CGCUGUCUUCCAGCCCAGUGGCGGCUCAAGAUGGCGGCUGACAGUGAGCCCGAGUCCGAAGUGUUUGAAAUCACUGACUUUACCACCGCUUCUGAGUGGGAGAGAUUUAUUUCAAGAGUUGAAGAGGUCUUAAAUGACUGGAAGCUUAUUGGCAUUUCUUCAGGCAAACCUUUAGGAAAGGGUGUGUAUACCACAGAAACGUGGGAGGAAAAAUCAGAUGAGAUCUCUUUUGCUGAUUUCCGAUUCUCAGUCACACAUCAUUAUCUUGUGCAAGAAUCCAGUGAAAAGGAUUCAAAAGAGGAGAUAGUAGAAGAUGCUCUCCCAGUUGCUAUGCAAGAUCUAUUGUGCAUGAACAAUGAUUUUCCUCCCAGAGCACAUUGUCUAGUGAGAUGGUAUGGCUUGCGUGAAUUUGUCGUCAUUGCACCAGCAGCAAAUAAUGAUGCUGUUCUUAGUGAAUCCAAAUGUAACCUCCUCCUGAGUUCAGUUUCUAUUGCAUUGGGGAACACUGGGUGCCAAGUCCCAUUAUUUGUUCAAAUUCAUCACCAAUGGCGAAAAAUGUAUGUUGGAGAAUGUCAGGGUCCUGGAGUUAGAACGGAUUUUGAAAUGGUUCAUCUUCGCAAAGUGCCCAGUCAAUAUACUCAUGUAUCAGGACUACUGGACAUCUUCAAAUCCAAGAUUGGUUGUCCGUUAACUCCAUUGCCUCCAAUUAAUAUAAGUAUUAGACUUACGUAUGUGCUUCAGGACUGGCAGCAAUAUUUCUGGCCCCAGCAACCACCAGAUAUAGAUGCUUUGGUUGGAGGAGAAGUUGGAGGACUAGAAUUUGGAAAGUUACCAUUUGGUGCCUGUGAGGAUCCUAUCAGUGAACUCCAUUUAGCAACUACUUGGCCUCAUCUAACAGAGGGUAUAAUUGUAGACAAUGAUGUUUAUUCAGACUUGGAUCCUCUUCAAGCUCCUCAGUGGUCUGUGAGAGUCCGAAAAGCAGAUAAUCCACAAUGUUUAUUGAGUGACUUCGUUACUGAAUUUUUCAAGCUGUGUCGUCGGAAAGAAUCAACUGAUGAGAUUCUUGGGAAAUCAGCAUUUGAAGAAGAAGGAAAAGAGGUCGCUGAUAUAAGCCAUGCUUUGUCAAAGCUCACAGAACCAGCACCAGUACCAAUCCAUAAACUGUCAGUGACAAAUAUGGUUCACACUGCAAAGAAAAAAAUUCGUAAACACAGGGGGGUAGAUGAAUCACCAUUGAAUAAUGAAGUCCUCAAUACUAUUCUCUUGUACUUAUUCCCUGAUGCUGCUGAUAAAUCAGCAGAUGGAUCUGAAGCCAGAACUAGUACUUCAACAGGAAGCCUCCCUCCUCCAGACAGUGAAGACUAUAAUAUCUACAUCCAGUUCAAAUCUGCUCCUUCAGAUAGUCUUACUUACAAACUGGCCCUUUGUCUUUGUAUGAUCAACUUCUAUCAUGGUGGGGUCAAAGGAGUUGCACAUCUCUGGCAAGAAUUUGUCCUGGAAAUGCGUUACAGAUGGGAGAAUAACUUCUUUGUUCCAGGGUUAGCCAGUGGUGCUCCAGAUUUGAGAUGUUGUUUACUGCACCAGAAACUUCAGAUGUUAAAUUGCUGCAUUGAAAGAAAGAAAGCAAGGGACGAGGGGAAAAAAGCGAAUAGUUUUGACCGUUCAUCUGGUGACCCUGGAAAAACAGACCUGUUGGGCAGAGAGUUUCACAAGGAUAGUGAUAAGGAAAAGGGAGAAGUGGGGAAAUCUUGGGACUCAUGGAGUGAUAGUGAAGAAGAAUUUUUUGAAUGCUUAAGUGACACAGAAGAACUUAAAGCAAAUGGACAAGAAAAUGUGAAAAAAGGGGUUGCAAAAGAAAGCAGCAAAGAAACUUUAGCCUUAAAGCCAGAAGGUCGUCUACAUCAGCAUGGCAACUUAACCUUGCUUCAUUCUGGUGAACCUCUCUAUGUUCCAGUAACACAGGAACCAGCUCCUAUGACAGAAGAUCUAUUAGAAGAACAAUCUGAAGUUUUGGCUAAGCUGGGAACGUCAGCAGAAGGAGCCCAUCUUCGAGCUCGCAUGCAGAGUGCUUGUUUGCUCUCAGAUAUGGAAUCCUUCAAGGCUGCCAAUCCUGGUUGUUGUCUGGAAGAUUUUGUGAGAUGGUAUUCACCUAGGGAUUACAUUGAAGAGGAAAUGGUGGAUGAAAAGGGAAAUGUAGUCAUUAAGGGUGAGCUGAGUGCUCGAAUGAAGAUUCCAAGUAACAUGUGGGUUGAAGCAUGGGAGACAGCAAAACCAAUUCCAGCGAGAAGGCAGAGACGACUCUUUGAUGACACUCGAGAGGCAGAGAAGGUGCUACACUAUUUCGCAGGUCAGAAGCCAGCAGAUCUUGCACGGCACCUUCUACCUUGUGUCCUUCAUGCAGCUGUGCUCAAGGUAAAGGAAGAAGAAUCACUGGAAGAUAUUACUUCAGUAAAGAGGAUAAUUAAGCAAAUAAUCACCCACUCCAGUAAAGUUCUACGGUUUCCAAACCCAGAAGACAAAAAAUUGGAAGAAAUCAUUGCUCAGAUUAUGAGUGUGGAAGCCACUAUUGCCCGGGCAAGGUCACUGAAAGCAAAGUUUGGGAUAGAGAAAUGUGAUGAAGAGGAGGAACGCAAGGAUCUAGAAAAUUUUGUAAAUAGCUUUUUGGAACAGCCAGAGGUACCUGUCAUUGGUGCUGGAAGAGGGCCUGCCGGCACUAUAAUUCAUAAACUUUUCAUGAAUGCACAGAGGGUAGCCACAAUGCUGCCAUUUGAUGAAGAACUGAAGAGGUCUGGCUCCUCAGAUGAGAAGCGAUUGAGUUCAGGAUCAGUUGCAGAUUUUCCAUCACCUGCAGGGCGUGAAGUUAUUUUACGCAUGACCAUCCCUCGGCCUGCCCCUUAUUCUAAACCUCUGCCUCAGCGAAUGUAUAGUGUUUUUACAAAAGAUGACUUCCGACUUGCAGGUGCCUUCUCAUCUGAUACAACAUUCUUCUGAUGUCACUGUGUACUCCACUGGACUUUCCAUCUCAUCUUGGUGGAAUGUAGCAGCCCUGUCUUGCUGUGGAAGUGUGUGUCCUGAGAAGUAUAGCUUUGGAAACUAGGAUAAUCCUAUUGUAAUUAGUAAUCAGCUUCCUCAGAAGCUAGGCACUUUUAGUGCCUAUGCUGAAUGCUAACUUUGUCAGAAGGAAUAGAUUAUGAAUAUGGUUUUGGAGAACUGUAAAUUGUUUCUGUUUAAAUCCCUUAUCUAACUUUAGCUAUUACAUAGGGCUUUGUAAAUAUAUUUUGUGGGAAGUGGGAACAGGACUGCUGCUGUGCGUUGUUGAGCUUUUUUCUGAUUGAGGCAAUCUGUAGACCAUGAACAACAUAUGAUAGGACUAUAUUUAUUAAUAUCAAGUGUACAAUUUAAGUAUUUUUGCAACUUGUAGUAUUCUAGUACCAGGUUUUAAAAGCUGAUUCUCUUCUAUUUUAUGCUUACCUAUAAAGCUGUGCACUAGUUAUAUGAUGCCAACAUAAUUAGGUUAAAGCUGUGUAAAGCUUCAGUAAAAUGUAGUUUCUGAAAUUCAGUUAAUACCUGAUGUUUACUGAAGCUGGCCAAAAAUCAACUAACCUGCACCAGCUUCUGUAAGCUUAUAAAAAAGGUCAUGAAAGGGUUUCAGACUACCACCAGCACUCUUGCUAUAUGGACCACUAACUUUUACCUUUCCAUAUUGUCAUGCACCUGUUUGCUUAUGUAUGUAUGUAUGUAUGUACUGAUCUAAUAAGUAAAGGAUUAUUUUAAUGCA